UGAGCAGUAGUCGAUUUGGAGUAUCAACCAAGAUGUUUCGGUAUAUAGUUUUGGACAUAGCAUUGCUUCAAGUGCUGGCGCAAUUUUGGUUGAUUGAAUCAAUUAACUUUAGCACCCGUGUGGAGUACAAAAAUAUUGAUUUUGUACCCCUAGAAUAUCAAGCACAUUUGAAACCCUUCGAGCUCAUCGGUAGUAAGUUCUAUUACAUUGGCAAUGCGGAACUCAAUUGGUUUCAGGCGGUGCAAGAGUGUCGCAAAAAGGGGGGAAAUCUCAUCAAUUUGAAAACACAUCAGGAGACGUUAGUUAUAGGCAUGCAGCUGAAUGCCAGCCACGACUAUUGGGUAGACAUCAACCGACUGGGUCAAGAGGAAUAUGUUUCGAUAACAACUGGAUUAAGGCCCGAUUAUCUGAAUUUCCUAGCUAAGGAUAUGAAUGAAGUAAACGAUUACUAUCAUACCAAUGAACAAUUAAGUUGUGUGACCUUGGUGAAGGGCUAUGAAGAUAGUUUUGUCAUGAAGGAGACGAAGUGCAUGGAAAAAUCUAGAUUCAUUUGCCAACUAUCCUCACCGCGAACAAUUUCCAUUGUGGUCUGGUAA